AGCGACAUCCUCGGCGGCUAUGUCGUGGCAAGCCUACGUGGACGAUCAUCUGGUGGGGACAAGGAAGGUUUCCCAUGCCGCUAUCAUAGGCCUCAAUGGCGCGAUUUGGGCCUCCUCCGCGAACUUCAAGAUGAGCGCACAAGAAGGAGCCAGCAUCGCAACUGCCAUUGCAGGAUCUCCCAACUCAGUGCUCGGCAGCGAUGCGAUGCCGGUGACUCUGCAGGGCGUCAAGUUCCUUGUGCUCCGUGCUGAUGAAAGCUCAAUCUACCUCCGCCAUGGACCUGAGGGAGCUUGCAUUGCCAAAACUAACCAGUGCAUUCUCAUUGGGAUGUACGGCGAGAACCAACAAGCUGGAGAUUGCAAUGUUGUGGUAGAGAAACUUGCUGAUUAUCUGAAGGAGAAUGGAUAUUGAGAACGGUAUCUUUAUUCAUAUUAAAAGAGUUUGACACAGU